AAAAAAUUUAAAGUAAAACUUUGUAUAAUUCAUGAAGCAAAUUAUCAUCAUAAACAUGUAUAACCUUAUGACUAACAUAAAUACUUCAGAAAGAACGUAGAUUCUGCAGUUAUAGAAAGAUCACGGUACGAGAAGGAUACUUUUAAUAUUUAUUUUGUGAUGAUGAUUAUUCAUUCAUGUGUGUAUUGUAAAUAAUAAACCAUUCAAAAGAGUGAUAAUAAUAUCGAUUAACCUGAAUUGGAAUAUCAGUUAAAUUUUAAAUAAGUGACUACUGUAUCAAUUCAAAUAAAAUUAUUCUUGAUCCGCUAUAAAUAUUAAUUAUACAUUCAAGUUGUUUAAAUAACAAUAAAUAAAUUCUAUCGAUAUUCAGUACAUGUCUUUCAGUUUAAAAAUAUAAGUCAAAAACUGCUUGGCUUAUCAACAUGAUGGACAUAUGGGUAGUAUUGGUUUAUUUUUUUUUUAUUUUAAACAUUUUCAUUGGAAUUUAUUUAUAUUUUACUGCAACAUUUAAUUUUUGGAAAAAUCUUGGAGUUCCAUAUAAAAAACCUACAAUAAUUGUGGGUAAUUUUUUGAAACCUUUGUGUUUUCGACAAUCACAGCAAGAAAGUAUAAAAGAAAUGUACAACUGGUUUGAAAGUGCUCAAUAUUUUGGUGUAUUUCGUGUAAGAACACCAAUUUUUUACAUACGAGAUCCAGAGUUAAUUAAACAUAUUUGUGUAAGAGAUUUUCAAUGCUUCAUUAAUCGAGGGAUUCCCACUAAUUCUCAAGAUCCACUGAGCAAUCAUUUGUUUAAUCUUGAAGGUAGACAAUGGAAAGCAUUACGAUCAAAAUUAUCACCAGUAUUCUCAUCAGCCAAAAUAAAGAGAAUGUUUCCAUUACUUUUUGAAUGUCAUAAAAUAUUUGAGAAACUAAUACACAAUUCACUGAAUAAUGAUGUCGAUGUGCGUGAACUGGCUGUGAAAUUUACUGUUGACGUCAUUGGCACUUGUGCAUUUGGCAUACAAAUAAAUGACUUUAGUGAUGAAAAUUCAGAAUUUCGAAAAGUCGUAAAAAAACUUUCACACCCAGGUUAUAAAACUACACUUUGGAGAAUGCUUCGAACAGCAGUACCUCGUUUAUAUAAAUUACUUGGAGUACAAAUAAUUGAUCGUGAAAUCACCUCAUUCUUCAAGAGCAUCGUCUCACAGGUGAUUGAACAAAGAGAAAAAACAUCAGAAUAUAAAAGAAAUGAUUUCAUUGAUUUACUAAUUGAAUUAAAAAACCAAGAACAUAUUUCAUUGAAAGAAAAUGAGAUUAACACUCAAAAAUCAAAUCUUAUUGCAGAAUUCGAUGAUAACUUAAUAGCAGCCCAGAUGUUUGUUUUUUUUGUUGCUGGAUAUGAAACAUCUGCCAAUACAAUUGCAUUUUGCUUAUAUGAGUUAGCAUUAAAUGGUGAUAUCCAAGAAAAAGCUCGACUAGAAAUUUUAGAAGCUAUAGAAAAAAAUGAUGGAGCAUUGGAUUAUUAUGUAGUUAAAGAGAUGAAAUAUCUAGAAUCGAUAAUAUUAGAAACCCUCAGGAAGUAUCCUCCAGCUCCGAUAAUUUCUCGUAGAUGUGAGUAUCCUUAUACAGUACCUGGAACAAAAAUUAAACUACCUACUGGUAUGCGGGUGGUCAUUCCAAUUUAUGGUAUCCACCACGACCCUAAUCAUUAUCCACAGCCAGACACAUUCAAUCCCGACAGGUUUGAUGAUAAAAACGAGUCCAGACAUCACUAUACAUUCCUUCCUUUCGGCGAAGGCCCUCGUAAUUGCAUCGGUACAAAAUUUGCUAUCCUACAAAUUAAAAUGGGGAUUAUCUCAUUUCUCAAAAAUCACAAGGUGGAAGUCUGUGAAAAAACAACCAUACCUAUAAAAUUUAGCCGUCGAAGCCUUGUAACAACGAGUGAAACUGGUUUUUGGUUAAAAUUAAGAUCUAUUUAAAUAAUUAAAUCGCAAAUCAACAUGUCAAUUGAUCGUCAAUAUAGGUUUGUGAUAAGAAUGGAAUUAUACAUUGACACUAAUUAUAGUAAUAAUGAUAAUAAUAAAGCCAAUGUAAAUAAUAUUUUUUUAAAUUUUAAUAAAAAAUCUUUUUAAAUAUA